CAAUAAGUCAUUUGCCAAACAAUCCCUUAACUUUCCUUCGGCGUUCCAAACUAAAAUCGGCUUAUGAAAACCGGUUCGACAUACCCUCCCAAACUAUCCGGUAGACGAAGAAGCUAGGGCAACCCAAAGCUUAAUAUUCAUACCCUCCAGUCUCUCGGAGAGAAAAAGAGAGCAUAGGAAGAAGAAGAAGAGAAUGCCAUUCAUAUCGAAAAUACAGAGACAAUCAGAUUACAGUCUCUUCCCUUCAACCUGUCCCAUCGUCAUCGACAAUGGCGGCUCCUAUUUCCGUAUCGGAUGGGCGGGAGAGACAGACCCUCGCGUUAUCUUCCGAAACAUCGUUCAGAGGCCACGCCACAAAAUCACCGGUGAAACAGUCACAAUAGUUGGUGAUCAUGAUCCUGCAUUAUUGAAAUACUUUGAUUGCACACGUUCAGGACCUCGUUCGGCUUUUGAAAGCAAUGUUGUCUAUCAGUUUGAGAUAAUGGAAUAUAUUCUUGACUUUGGGUUUGAUCGGCUGGGUGCAGAUCGGUCACAGGUUGACCAUCCUGUCCUUAUUACUGAAUGUGCAUGCAACCCAGUGCAGUCUCGCAGUAAGAUGGCAGAACUGCUUUUUGAGUCUUAUGGAGUGCCUUCAGUAGCAUUCGGUGUAGAUGCUGCAUUCAGCUAUAAGUAUAAUCAACGACUUGGGAUUUGUGAUAAUGAUGGCCUUGCCAUCUGCUCAGGAUUUUCCACAAGUCAUGCUAUUCCGUUUAUCAGUGGAGAGCCUGUUUAUGCAGCAUGCUGCCGAACUAAUGUUGGUGGAUACCAUGUCACUGAUUAUUUGAAGCAGCUUCUUUCACUUAAAUACCCACAUCACAUGUCAAGGCUUACAUGGGAGAAGGUUGAAGACCUGAAAAUGGAACACUGUUAUAUCGCACCUGAUUAUGCUUCAGAAGCCAAAUUAUUUCAGAAUGGGACCAAGGAAGCUGAAGAAAAGACAAGGUGUUGGCAGCUCCCAUGGACACCAUCACCUAUUGAGGAGCCUCCAUCAGAGGAGGAGAUUGCCAGAAAGGCUGCUCUAAAGGAGAAACAAGGUCAAAGGUUGCGAGAAAUGGCCGAGGCAAAGAGGUGUUCUAGGAUUAAUGAACUGGAAAAUGAAUUGAAGGGCUUGGAAUUCCUUUUACAGCAGCUCAAGCAUGUGGAAGAGAAUGCCGUCCCAUCUUUCCUUUCAGCAACUGGAUACGUCUCGAAAGAGGAAAUAGAAUCUGCAGUUGCGAAAGUAACACAGUCUUUACGGAAAGCAAAAGGUGGACAAGUUGAAAGUGAGGAGAAGGCAGAUCCCUCUGCAGCUGAAAAGUAUGCUCUCAUUGACAUCCCUGACAACAUGCUGACACCAGAGCAGCUCAAAGAAAAGAGGAGGCAGCUGUUUCUCAAAACCACAUCUGAGGGCCGGCAGAGAGCUAAACAGAAACGAUUUGAAGAGGAAUUAGAACGAGAAAGGCAAAACAAACGAGAUGAAGAAAAACGCUUGGAGAACCCAGAGCUUUAUUUGGAACAGAUGCAUGCUAAAUACAAAGAGCUUUCUGAGAAAGUUGAGCAACGGAAACGACAAAAGACAAAUGGCGGCCACACAAAUGGAAAUAAUAAUGGGUCUGGAGGUGUUGGCCGCGGGGAAAGAUUGAAUGCUGCCCAGAAGGAAAGGAUGCGCCUCUUGACUACGGCAGCAUUUGAUCGAGGGAAGGGUGAGGAUACUUUUGGCAUCAAAGAUGAAGAUUGGCAGCUGUACAAGCUGAUGAGCAAAGAUAAUGAUGAGGAUGAUGAGGGACCAGACGAGGAUGAAGCAGAGUUGGCCCGCAUCUCUUCUAGGCUCCGGCAAAUAGACCCAACUUUUGUAUCCAAAUCAGAGUCAGGGUCCACUGCUGAAGUCCCACGUUUCCGUCCUCUCUCCAAGGAAGAUUUCCAGAUUAUGCUUGGAGUAGAAAGAUUUCGAUGCCCUGAAAUUCUAUUUCGUCCCAACUUAAUUGGGGUUGACCAGGCAGGGUUGGAUGAGAUGGCUGGUGUUUCAAUAAGGAGGUUACCAUCAAAGGGCCAAAGUUUGGAGGAGAGAAUAACCAAUUCCAUCCUUAUGACUGGUGGGAGCUGUCUCUUCCCCGGUAUGGAUGAGCGUUUGGAAGCUGGAAUCCGCAUGAUUCGGCCAUGUGGGACGCCAAUACGAAUCAUCAAAGCAUCCGAUCCUAUUCUUGAUGCUUGGCGUGGUGCUGCUGCUUAUGCUGCUGCCAUGCAAUUCCCACAGCAAACUUUCACAAAGAUGGAUUAUUAUGAGAAGGGUGAAGAUUGGCUUCGCAGAUAUCAACUGAGGUACACAAUCUGAUUAUUGGCCUUCAAGGGAUGAUAAUUAUAUUGGGCAUCUGAUGGUGGGGCUAAACCACAACUUGAACAACCUUUUCUACUCCUACAUGGAUUCUGCUGUAUGCUAACAUUAUCACAAGGCUUGCCCCUUGUCUGUCAAUUGCUUGUGACAGUGGUCUACCAGGAAGAGGAAACAUUUCACGUUGUCCAGUUUAAAUUGCGUUGCUCGCUCUCUCAACUUUAUAUUAGCAUAAUUUUGACGGUUUUGUAGCAUGAAAUUAUAUGCUGAUCACGUGAUUUUGUGUAGCCUUUAGGGCUACGCAAGGCUAUUUCAACGUCUUUUGGACUCAUGAGGACAACAAUAAAAACUCUGGAUAUACACAAUCACCUUCAGGACACAUUGGAUAAAUCAUGGGACUCAGACCUUACAUCUGUCAAAACUUUGUAUUCGAGCCAACGCAUGGGUUCAGUGUGGAGUGUGCAG